AUGAUCGCAACCACAACCACCCAGACCGGUAGACAGCCGGAGAUACCGAUCUAUGCGGAGGGUCCUACCCCGGACCUGCCAACCGAGGGGCAAAUCGCCGAUGACGAACAAGAUCUGUCCGAGACCCCUACAGACCAACACCCUCUAGGGGUCCGCCCAUCGGGGAAUGCUCUAACAUCCCAAGAAAAUGUGCAGGCCGCCAUGGGCUUGUUCGGCAUGCUGCCAGAUGCUUUCCUGCUAACACUUUUGGAAUUCCUCGACCAGUUAAGCUUGGUCAACCUGGGAAGCACAUGUCGCGGUCUGUACGCCUACUGUUCCUUUGAUCAGUUAUGGAGAGAUCUUGCCGUCAAUAAUAUGACUGAGGAUUUCUCAUGGCGUGGAAGUUGGCGGUCAUCCUUGAGACGGCUGCCUUCAGCCAGCCUUGCAAAAGUGGACUGCAGACAUCUCUUCUCUGACGCAUUGCAUCGUCCAUUUCUCUGUUCCCAGAUCUCCCUCUCACCUUAUGUUUCAAAUAUUCCCUCUCACACCCAGAUUCCACGCAUGCAGGACUUAUCUCUUGCAGAGUUCAACGAGUCAUGGUCCGAUCGUCCCUUUAUCUUAACAUCUCCGGUGAAGCAAUGGCCGGUAUACAAGAAGUGGAACCUACAAACUCUGCUCGAGGAGUAUGCAGAUGUCCCUUUUCGCGCCGAAGCCGUGGACUGGCCUUUCAGAACCUAUGUGGAUUACAUGAACAGUACGAAAGAUGAAAGUCCAUUGUACCUUUUCGAUCGUGGCUUCGUGGAGAAGAUGGGUUUGGAAGUGGGAAAGAACGGAGACUAUGAAGCAGCGCAAGCAUUCCAAGAGGAUUUGUUUCAACUGCUGGGAGAACAGAGACCAGACCACAGGUGGUUAAUUAUUGGUCCGGAGCGGAGUGGAAGCACGUUCCAUAAAGAUCCAAAUGCGACCAGUGCCUGGAAUGCGGUUAUCCGGGGCUCGAAAUAUUGGGUCAUGUUUCCUGCUUCUGUGCUCCCGCCUGGCGUCUAUAUGAGUGAGGACCAGAGCGAAGUUACAUCUCCCUUAAGCAUUGCGGAGUGGCUGAUGUCUUUCCAUGCUGAAGCAAGGAGCACACCCGGUUGUUUGGAGGGUAUCUGCCGCGAGGGCGAGGUUUUGCAUGUGCCAUCUGGUUGGUGGCACCUGGUAGUUAACCUCGACCCGGCAAUCGCCAUAACCCAGAACUUCGUGCCGACGUCUCACGUUGGCGCCACGUACAGGUUCCUCAAACACAAAGCCAAUCAAGUCUCCGGUUUCAAGGAGAGCAUCACGGACCCUUGUGGGCUCUUCAUGGAGCGGCUACACCAGAAGCACCCUGAACUAGCGGCAGCCCUGGAGGACUCUGCCAACAAAAAAAGAAAGUGGGAGGAGGUGGUCUCUAAGGAAGAAACCGGUGGAGAACAAUCUGGGUUCAGCUUCGGUUUUGGCGACGACCUUGAUGACGAGGAAGUAUAG